AUGUCAGUUAGCAAGAAUAGUAAAUCAAUUAUUCAUUCAGUGCUGAAGCAGGUAAGAGAUCAGAAACCAAAGCCGAUUAUAAAUGUCCUUAGAUCGGAGUGUUUUGAUAAAAAUGAAAUACAACAAUUAAAUAUAUCAAAUUAUCAUCGUAGUGAGGCAGGUUCGGGGAAAUCUUUUGAUUCCUUAACAUGGGAUAAUUCACAAGAAUAUUCUGAAUUAUUGGUUCCAUUGAGACAUCCAGAAUCACUUCGACAUACUGGGAUGAUUUGGUCCAUCUCUCGUUCCAAUGGCUUGAAAAAAUUUAACGAAAAUACAUAUGCAGAAAUGUUGUUGAGUUUUGAGAAAUACUUUCUAACUUUAGCAAAAUAUCAUCAAUGUUCCCCUAUACCGACCCACCUAAAAGAUUUGAAGCUUUUAUUUGAAUUAGAAUCCAGGACCGCCAUUUUAAAUGAUGUGGCGAAAAAUGUAUCAGUCAAAUUCAUUCAAAAUUAUUUAUAUCUAUUCAAUUAUAAAAAAUUGUAUCCAUUAGAUGAUACAAGAAGGUUGAUCACUUUCAAUAAUGCUAAGGAAUGUAGAGAAAUGUUCCUUUCGUUGAAUGGUUCAGCUAUAAAUAUGAUGCCGUUACGUAUAUAG